UAAGGCUCCAAGGGCUUUUAGGUCCGGGCUCCAAAAUUACCUAGGAGCAGUGGUGGAUGCAUAUGUCAGACAAUAUAGAAAUAUAGAUUAAAAGAUACAAUUCUCUUAUCACCCUCUCCCGCUCUCCUUUCCUAUAUGUCAGUUUUCGGUGGAAGUCAGUUCACAUAUUGGAGUGGCAGUCAUCAACUGGUGAGAAACCAAGCCACAUAACAUGCUGGUGAGGAGAGAGCACUCUGCACGUGCUCGGAAAUACAAGCUGGGGCUAAGCCUACCUCGGUAUAAAGGAAAUCCUCCAGGGCAAAGAGGGUUUGGCCAAAGGUCUCCAGCUCCUCAAAGCUCUGUAGAGAGACUUGCUCAGUGGCAAGUCGAAACUGUGCUAGGCUAGCCUGGGAGGGAAGCGGGCCAUCUCACGGCGGCGGCGGCGGGGCUGGGGGGUUCCCUGACACUGGCUGUGCUGCUGGCUCCGCCAGGGAAAGAGAAGGCAGCCGGGGCCACCCCCCUAACGAGCCCCCAGGCCGCCGGGAGGAGGUGGGGGGCGGAGUCGAUUAGCGAAAGGGGCCGCCGAGCUCUGGAUCUUCGCGGCUGCUCGCCCGGCCGGCUGGAGCGGUAAGCCGUAGUCGCUUGCCGCCGAAGAGCAGCAGCCAGGCAGCCCUGCCCAUGGCGCAGCGCCUCGCCCCCGUCGCACCGCCUUGCGCCCUGCCCGCUCUCCAGGCAGCGGCGGCAGCAGCAGCAGCGCUUGGAGGCGGCGCGGAGUGAGGUGCGAGCCAGCAGUAGAGGCGCAGGCAAAGCAAAGUCGCAGCUCGCCCAUCGCGGCUAGGCAGGCAGGCAGACAAGCAGGACGGACCGGGCACUCCUUGUUUUGCCCAGGAGGCUGGCGCCGGCUCCGGCUCGCUCUCGGGGCUCUGUCUCCGGCCGCCUGCGCCGUCCGGUCCUUCGAGAUGCUGUCGCCGAGUAGGAGCCAUGCUCGCCGGCGGAGGAAGGAGCUGCUCCUGAGCCAGCUGUGUGUCCUGGCCUCGCUGCUGCUGCUCGUGCUGCUCGUGUGCGCCCUGGCAGGCCAGCGGGCUGGUCGCGCAGACGCCACCGCCGGUUAUGAUGUUCUGAACUCUGCUAUGGAAACUAAUGACAAGUGGACUGGACGAAAGCUACUGCAGGAGUCAGAGGAGAAUGUCACAGAUAAUCCCGAGGAGACCGAACAUCUCUUUUACAAAAACUGCACUGAACCAGCUCUUCAUGAAUUCCCUAGUGACAUCUUCACGAAUGAGCACCGGCGGCAUGGAGCGGUAUUGUUGCACGCCUUCUGUGCUGUCUACAUGUUCUAUGCUUUGGCUAUUGUCUGUGAUGAUUUCUUCGUUCCUUCAUUGGAAAAGAUUUGUGAACGCUUACACCUCAGUGAAGAUGUGGCAGGGGCGACAUUCAUGGCAGCUGGCAGCUCUGCUCCAGAACUGUUUACAUCUGUUAUAGGUGUGUUUAUCACAAAAGGAGAUGUUGGUGUUGGAACUAUCGUUGGCUCUGCAGUAUUCAACAUCCUUUGUAUAAUUGGAGUGUGUGGCCUCUUUGCAGGGCAGAUUGUUGCACUGUCAUCUUGGAGUCUCCUGAGAGAUUCAAUGUACUAUACCUGCUCUGUUGUUGCACUUAUUUUGUUUAUUUAUGAUGAAAAGGUUUCCUGGUGGGAGUCCUUAGUUCUAGUGCUGAUGUACUUCAUCUACAUUCUCAUCAUGAAGUAUAAUUCCAAUCUAAAACAUAUCUUUGAAAGGAGGACGAAGAAUGCAACAAACAUGGUGAACGGAUUAGCAAGUAACACAGAGAUGGAUGACAACAGCAAUUGCGACGCUACAGUGGUAUUACUAAAGAAAGGUAACUGUUCCAGAAAUUUCCAUCGCAAAGCCUCUGUGAUCAUGGUGGACGAAUUGCUGUCUGCAUAUCCACAUCAGCUAUCCUUUUCAGAGGCUGGACUCCGGAUAAUGAUAACCAGUCACUUUCCUCCCAGAACCCGGCUCUCCAUGGCCAGCCGCAUGUUGAUCAAUGAGAGACAAAGAUUAAUAAACAGCAGAGUAUACACCAAUGGAGAAUCAGAGGUGGCCAUCAAAGUCCCUUUCAAGCAUGCUGUGGAGAAUGGGUCAGGACCCAGCAAUUCAGCCGACAGGAAUGGAACCAGAAGAGAUGAAGAUGCUGCAGAAGCUGGAAAUGAAACUGAGAAUGAGAAUGAGGACAAUGAAAACAAUCAAGAUGAUGAUGAGGAGGAGGAGGAUAAUGGAGGCCCUUACACACCCUUUGAUCCACCAUCUGGCAAAGUGGAAGCUGCGAAGUGGCUCUUCACCUGGCCCCUGAGCUUACUCUUAUACUUCACUGUACCCAACUGUAAUAAGCCCCGCUGGGAGAAGUGGUUCUUGGUCACCUUUGCUUCCUCCACCCUCUGGAUUGCAGGCUUUUCCUACAUUAUGGUAUGGAUGGUCACAAUCAUUGGCUACACUUUGGGUAUUCCAGAUGUGAUCAUGGGGAUUACAUUUCUGGCAGCUGGAACCAGUGUACCAGACUGCAUGGCAAGCCUUAUUGUAGCAAGACAAGGCAUGGGUGACAUGGCUGUGUCGAACUCCAUUGGAAGCAAUGUUUUUGACAUUCUAAUUGGCCUUGGCCUUCCAUGGUCUCUACAGACUCUAGCAGUAGAAUAUGGCUCCUAUAUUCAAUUAAACAGCCGGGGACUUAUCUAUUCUGUGGGCUUGCUGCUGGCAUCUGUUUUCGUCACUGUAUUUGGUGUGCACUUGAACAAAUGGAAGCUGGAUAAGAAGCUUGGGAUUGUGUGCCUUGCCCUCUACGGCAUCUUCUUGUGUUUCUCCAUCCUGACCGAAUUUAAUGUCUUCACUUUUGUGAAUUUGCCUAUGUGCAGAGAUCACUGAUUGUGUGUUCAGACUGCUGAGAGGCAACCUCCUUCUUUACCUGUGCAAUAUGAAACAUGGUUGGCAUCUCCAAACUAUGGGAGGUGUCCCGUGAAGGCCGUGAAGUACAUCCUCCUCACUGUUCAUUGGACCCUGUCUUGGUUUAGUCUCUCUCUCUAAACCACCCCUUCACACAUAAAGACCCACACCUGGAAACCUCCUGCAUUGAUGUGAAGAUUUACAAACUUCUGAACAGUGACUUGCAGUCUAAGUGAGCUAGCUUCUACCUGGCACUGAGCCAGAGAAACUGAACUGCUACAGUUUCUUCUUUUUUAACUUAUUUGAUGGAGGACUAAUCUAAUUUAUGAACGGAGCUAUUGCUAGGAUACAAAGAAGAAGGUACAUCGUAUUGGGGGCUUUUUGAGGAAAAUAGGAGUCUAUUUUAUUCUCUUUAACCCCUCGUCCCCGAUAAGCUUUCUUGCAGGUUCCUUAUCCUUCUGAGUGCUCAAUUUCAUUGGAUGAAUCACAAAUGGCACCAUGGGAGCUGGAUUCCAAGUACUUGUUAUAAGAGUGAAUCUUGUACUACCUGAAAGAAAAUAUGGAAAUAAUACAAACUGGCUUCCUUCUAGGAAGUCGUGUGUCAGGUUUCAGAGGAACCCUAUCUGAAUUCAGACUAAAGAACUGAACACUACUGCCAUUUUAUUCUUAAUGUAAGGAUUUAGAUUGCCAAGUUGUUUGUUGUAUUUCCAUGCAAUAGUUUUAGGCCAAUCAGCCCUGGAAGAUUAAUGGAGUGGAGUCCUGGUUUUUAACUGCAGUAAUUUGAAAUGUAAGGUCAGAAGCGAAGCCUGAACUGACCUAUGGUCAUUUCUCAAUAUUAAUAGUUUUUCCAUAGGACUUUUAAUUUUAAAAGUACUUUGCAACCUUGACCUUUUUUUUUUUUUUUGGCCCUGACAACAAUCCUGUGAGGUAAGUCACUAAUAUUUCCAUGUUUCAAGUGGGAGAACUGAGGCUGAGAGAGCAGUGUGCCAAAGGCCAGUGAGUAAGUCCAGGGCUGAGCUAAGGUUUGAACCAAAGUAGUCUGAGUCUAAGUUAGAACUCAGUCUCCUGGACCAGACUGACUCUCAGUGUUUUGAGGAUUAGGAAAGGGGGAAAGGUAUGUAAAGUUACCUUCUUGAGUAGGGAACAUGAAGCAGAUGGCACAGGUUUGGUUUUUUGGGGUUUUUUUGUUUGUUUGUUUUUUAAAGUUGUAGACACUGGUUUCUGAAAGGCAUAUUUUGCACAGAUAUUAUUGCUGAUGUUAUCAUUUGCCACUGCGAAGGAUACACUGGCCUAGGUGGAGGGUUUUCUCUUGCAGUUGAGUCCAGGCACAAUCCACCUGGAAGGCCUCCCAUGCAAGUCCCAUUUCGGGAACCUUUCCCAGUGAAGUGUGUCCUCUACCUGAUACAAAAGUGUUUAGCAGUUAUUGCAUGCUUCCCUGAAAGUUUGGGCAGAAUGGGAAAUGGCACUUUGAAAAUGCAGAGUAUUAUGUAGCUGGAAUAGUUAUAAAAUAUCUGCCAUUCAGUGAUCCAUUGGCCCUGCUGUCUUUGGUGUAGUUUGCUCUGUUCAUAUUGCAAAUGCAUUGCACUUUAGGACAGACAUCCGUCAAAGUCACACUUGCAUAGUUUUCCGGACUGUGAGUUCCUGAUUGUUACAGUUAUGUUAGGCACUGAGCAUUUCUGCUUUACUUGGUAUGUACAUUUUGUUCUGAAAUGUGCAGAGAGGCACAAGACUGAAGUGUUGGUGAUAAAAACAAAUUUCUGAGUAACAAUCUAUCUACCCACCAGUUUGCACUUUUACACCUGAUUAUUUUAAAAUGAAUUUCCUUUGGAUAAAUAGCGUGAAAUAAAAUUUUCCAAUGUGCGAUC